AAUUUAUCCCAAAUAUUACUACUUCCGGUGUAUUCUUGUUGAAAGUGUUGAUGGUGAAAAAUGUCUUAGUAACAACAACUUGAAUGAGUUUGAUAUUGAUUCUUAAUGAGAGAAAAACAUUGAUUACUGAAGAAGAAUAGAUGAGCUAAACGAAAAUUGAAUUGGGAAAUAGGGUUUAGGAGGUGAAGUGAUGAUACCAGGUGGAGGAGGAAGAAGUUCAACAUCAUCAUGGGCACCGACAACCUCAGUGUCUGCUUCUGGAAAGAGAAUUCAAAGAGAAAUGGUUGAACUCAACAACGACCCUCCUCCUCAUUGUUCUGCUGGUCCCAAGGGUGAUAAUCUCUAUCACUGGAUCGCCACCAUUAUUGGCACCCCAGGAACACCUUACCAAGGUGGCAUAUUCUUCCUUGACAUAAUAUUUCCUACUGACUAUCCCUUCAAGCCUCCCCAGGUAGUCUUCAGAACUCGCAUUUACCACUGCAAUGUAGAACCUGAUGGCCGUGUUAGUAUGGGAAUAUUGAAGGAUGGUUGGAGUCCGGCACUAACAAUUACUAAGGUGCUACUUGCUGUUAGAUCACUUUUGACAAAUCCUGACCCUUACAAUGCUGUUGUUCCUGUCAUUGCUCACUUAUAUUUGGGAGACAGAGCAAAACAUGAUGAUAUUGCUGCAGAAUGGACUAUCCGAUUCGCCAAGUGAAUAAUAUGAUAUAAGAGUCGUUUGUUUGCCUAGCAAUUUCACAUUCUUUCCAAUAUGUACUUUAUUGUCAGAUGAAUUUCACUCUGUUGAAAAGGGUUUGUUGUAUAGUUGGUCUUCUGCAUCGUGUAUAUCAUGUUCCAAUAUUUAUGUGAAUGAAAAUGAUGGUUCAUGUUCAUGCACUUGUAACAAGCUUAUCUCCUGCCUACAAGCUGUGUUAUAAUUCAAAGGCUUAAGUGUACUUUUGACCCUUUAA